AUGUCCGCCUUCCGCGCCGUGAACACUGCCCUCGCAGCUCCGGAGCCAACCCCAGCUCGCACUGGCGAGGAAGGCACGCCCACCACACCGCGCACGCUCCAGUUCUUCUCCCCGGAAACCCCGAAGGCUGACGUCCGCGCUGAAGACCCGACGGCCAAGACGCCUACGCGAGACAGCUUCGGAGGCAUCUCUGGGCAGAGGCCAUUGCCGGCUUCACCGUUUGCGCCUUCGCAGGACAGCAGUGCUGCUACGUCCCGACCGAACAGUACGCUUGUAAGGGAGAGCUCGCACAGGUCGACCAAGUCCAUCAACUCGCAGGAUGUCGAUAUGGAAGACGACGAAGACGGACAGGACGGAUCGGACAAUGAUAGUGUAACCAGUGAGUCGGCCAGGCCGUCCAAGAAGAAGAAAGGCCAGCGGUUCUUCUGCACUGGCUUCCCACCCUGCCAGCUUAGCUUCACCAGGAGUGAGCAUCUUGCAAGGCACAUCCGGAAGCACACCGGCGAACGUCCUUUUCAGUGCCACUGUUCGCGUCGCUUCUCCCGCCUGGACAAUCUUCGUCAGCACGCACAAACAGUCCACGUGAAUGAAGAUAUCCCAGGUGACUCGCUCGCUGCUACUGGUACAAGAUUUCAGAGACAGAUCAGGACGGAUCGAGUUAGGCCACCGAACCCCCGCUCGCGGGCUUCGACGAUUGGAAGCCAAGGCAGUCAUAGCAGAGGACACAGCAGGAAUCUGUCAGCCUCAAGUGUUGCAUCUACUGCCUCGACCGCUAGUGUGCGGGAUGACGACCGCCGGCGGCCCCCACCUCUGGCUAUAGCCGGUGAUGGUAGUGCGAGGGCAAGGCUGACGUUAGAUACAUUUGCCGGCAGUCCGGGCGGUCAAUUCCAAUUCGGCGGCCAGUCCCCUGGUGAGUUCAGUACGCCCACAUCCGCUACUUUUUCUGCUGGCACGGGUAGCCCGAGGUGGGGCUCAGGCCUGCAAUCACCAAUAUCGACUAUACCGCGGUCUCUCACGUACGACAGCCGCACACAUGGACGUCGCCUUUCGGUCCCUUCUAGCGGCAAUCCCUUCCAAGGUCCUCCUGGCGGUAGUUCGUUCUCCCCGCCGUACAUCAGUCCGUUGCCAUCGUCGACCUCCUCGACUUUCUCUGGGCUCGGUGGUUUCUUGACUAGCCCGACAAGCUCAACUCACGCAUCCGAUUCUCGCCGUGAGUCCAAUGCGGCUGAGUUGGACUGGAGAAGGAGAACUUGGCACCCAUCAACCUAUACCAGUCUUGGUCCCAGACCUGCCACCAGCGGUUUGAGCUACUAUCAAACCCCGGAUGCUCCGCAGCCAUCCUUCUCCACUCAGCCAGCUGCAAGUCAGUUGACUCGUCUGCCAGGCAUUGAAAGCUUUGAUCAUGCACCGCAGCCUCCCAUGCCGUCUCGCCGUCCUCCCAGCCCAAUGCAGCUCGACAACCAGAAUCGUCCGCCAGUCUAUCCUGGUCCAUUCGGAAACGCUGCAUCCGGACCCGACGACAGGCGAGGUCAUCAGUCUUGGGAUAUGGCUUUGCACAAGGGUCUUACCAAGCUGGACAUCACUAAUGCCACGCCGCCAAGGGACCCCCCUGGUCGCUUCCAGCAUCCGCUCAAUCAGUCCGCAUCUGAUAUGAGACCCACCACCGUGCCGCAACCCUCCUUUCACAGUCAAGCCAUCGCGAAUAGCGUGGCUCAGUCAGCUCGUCCUCUGAGUGGAGACUCGAGUCGCUCAUCUGCCGAGCAGCCAACCACUCCUCGCAAGAACAAGCGGCACGGGUGGUACAAUGGACCGCUGCCUCUAACCCAGCAGGGCCAAUUCCAGUAUCAGCACAUGACCGCGAACUAUACCACUCACCGCACAUCGCCGGAAGACUCGAGCAGCAGCGAGGGAGUUCCAACGCCGUCAACUUCUAUGAGUGAGUGCCAUCCGGCGAUUGUACAUAGCAACGGCUAUAUCGAAGCUCAUCAUCCAGCGGUGCACCCGGAAGAUGCGCAGAAGACCGGCAUCGUGCAUGCGCCUCGGCCACCGAUUGAAAGGGGAGCUUUCUCGUAUCCGCAACACCCGGCUAGCGCACCGCGGCAUCCUCCCUUUGCUACGCCUCAUCCGCCGCCAGUUGGCAGCCACAGCGAUGACAUGAGGCGUCUGGAAGCGCUGGUUGCUGUUGCGACGAGGGAGGAGCAGGGCGGUCAGCUAAGGUCCUGA